AUGGUAGCACCCAGUCUCAGGUCUUGCUCCCAGCAUGUCUACCAAAAGACGCUGUGCUUGCCGAAAACAAAAUUCGCCAACCGAUCCAAUUUGCAGAAGACUUUCGACCUGCUAGUACCACAAUCCUCCAAAGACGUUUAUCGGAAGCAACUGGAUAGAUUUCUCGCAGAGGCGCACAAGCUUGAUCCCGCGAAGCGCUCAGAAUUUGUAAAAAACCGUCUUUUUGUCCUUCAUGAUGGCCCACCGUAUGCUAACGGUGACUUACACUUGGGCCACGCCAUGAAUAAGACGCUAAAAGAUAUUAUUAAUCGAUACCAGCUGCUCAAAGGAAAGUUCAUAUACUAUAAGCCUGGCUGGGAUUGUCACGGACUGCCAAUUGAAUUGAAAGCACUACAAAAGCUUGGAAAAGAUGGAAGCAACAUGCUGCCGACAAAAAUCCGCAGAGUGGCAUCUCAGCAUGCACAAAAAACAAUCAAGAGCCAAAAAGAGCAGUUCCAGCAAUUUGCAAUACUCACAGACUGGGAAGACCGGUAUGAAACAAUGCAAAAAAGCUUUGAGUUGAACCAGCUAGGUGUGUUGAAAGAGAUGAUCCGUGUCGGCUUAAUCAAGCGUCAAAAUAAGCCAGUGUAUUGGGGAAGCGAGACCAGAACUGCAUUAGCGGAAGGAGAACUGGAAUAUAAUGACAACCACGUAUCAACCUCCGCCUACGUAAAACUCCCUUUUGCAAGCAAAUCAGCUGAUGCAGUGAGGAGGCACUAUUCCUUGAACAGUGAUAUACCAUUGAGUUUUUUGAUCUGGACCAGCACUCCUUGGACCCUUUUUUCUAACCAGGCCAUAUGUUAUAACGAGAAAUUCAGUUAUGGGAUUUACAAGGUCGAGGGUGAGUACCUCGUUGUGGAAUCUGGUUUAAAGGAAGCACUGCUUCAACCAGAACAUAAAGCUACUGCAAUGCUUACAGGCAAAGAACUUCAGGGUUUGAAAUACACUAUUCCGUUUUUAGGCAAUGAUGAAAAGCCACUGUUACACGGGGAGCACGUAACAAAGCUUUCAGGGACAGGCCUUGUCCAUACUGCCCCCGGUCACGGCUUUGAUGACUACUUGAUUGGUAUUACAAACAAACUCGAGGUUUUCUCUCCUGUUGAUGACGAAGGCAGGUAUAAGUUAGAACUUUUACCCCAAGAACUUCACAAAGAUCUAAUAGAGCCGGAAACUGGAUUACCCAGGCGUGUGCUAUCAGAGGGCACGACUAAAACAAUACUAAAACUCUUAACUAAACAAGGGCUACUUUUGAAGGCAGAAAAAUACGUUCAUUCGUACCCCUACGACUGGAGAUCUAAAAAGCCUGUUCUAAUUAGAGCGACCCCCCAAUGGUUCGCCGAUCUCACAGAUGUCAAGAAAUCAGCACUAGAAAGCCUAGAAAACGUCAGGUUUCACCCAGGAAGAGGAAAAACAAGACUGGCUUCAUUUAUAAAGUCUAGAAGCGAAUGGUGCAUUUCCAGACAACGCUCUUGGGGUGUUCCAAUACCUGCCUUCCACAAAGUUGAUAAUCACGAAGAGGUAUUAAUGAAUGAGGAAGUGGUUGAGCAUGUAUUGGGUGUUAUAGACAAGAAAGGAAUCGACUCCUGGUUCAAGGAAGACAACAGCGAUAUUGCGGAAUGGUUACCUUCUCGGUAUAAAGAUAUCUCUCAUUUGUUCCAGAGAGGAAGGGAUACCGUGGAUGUCUGGUUUGACAGCGGGAGUACAUGGAAUGUUCUUGAGGAUUUUUACACUCAACGUUUGAAGUUGACCGAAAUGCCAUACCCAUUGGCUGAUGUUUAUCUCGAGGGCUCCGAUCAGCAUCGAGGCUGGUUCCAAAGCUCCUUGCUUACCAAGAUAGCCACUUCAGAACAAGCAGCAGCUCCAUAUGGCACUGUUAUUACUCAUGGCUUUACUUUAGACGAGAGAGGAAUAAAAAUGUCGAAGUCAAUCGGAAACACCAUUUCUCCUGAAACUGUGAUAAGAGGCGAUGAAAAGAAAGGAAUUCCUGCGCUUGGGGUCGAUGGCUUGAGACUUCUGAUUUCUCAGGCAGACUUUACCACCGAUGUUACAAUAGGGCCGACAGUUACCAAACACGUAGCGGAAGCCCUGAAGAAGUUAAGAUUGACUUUCAAAUUCAUACUUGGAAACCUUUCCACUACAGAGAAUUCUAAUAUGCUUCUUCCCUUCGAAAAGUUGAGGGCAGUCGAUCAAUUCACUAUUUGCAAGCUGAAGAAACUAAGCGAUGAAGUUCAAACGUACUACGAUUCGUACAAUUUUUCAAAAGUUGUUACAACGACUCUUUACCACAUGAACAACCAGCUCUCUGCAUUUUACUUUGACAUCACGAAAGAUUCAUUAUACUGCGACCGACCAGAUAGCUUAAAGCGUCGCCAAAUUCAGACAACACUUUUUCACGUUCUUGAUACGUAUCGCUGCAUACUGGGCCCCAUUACGCCAAUUUUGGUCCAGGAGUCAUGGAAUCACCUGGAAACAAAGUGGAAAAAUAUUGAGAAGACGCACAGUGAUCUAAACACGAUUGAUUCGCCGUUUACACGCCCAUGGAAGCACUUAAACUUGAAGAAUUAUGAACAGGUCGUCAACAACUUCGAACAAAACCAGCUCCCUAUCCUUAGGGCGUACGCGAAUGAAUUCAGAGCACUUCCUAAUGUCACUAAAUCCACGCAAACAAUAGUUUCCAUUAUUCACUCAGAAGAUAAGCUGCCCUUCUCUGAAGAUUGUAUUGCUGACCUCUUGCAGGUAAGCGGCGUAAAGAUAGAAAAGUCAGAAAACAAACGCGGUGUUUUGGUGAGUAUCGGCGCAGACAAAGAGGUGAGUUUGUUCGUAGAAUCAAGUGACCUCUAUGAGUGCCCCAGGUGCUGGAAACGCAACUCCACAGAGAUUGAAUCUCUUUGUCAUCGUUGCUCCCACGCUAUCACGUGA